GCAUCAUCCCCACUACUCAUACUCUCAAUUCACUUCACUUCACUUCACCUCACUGCAUCUCUCCACUCUCCAUCAAAGUUCACAUUUCACAUUUCACAUUUCACAUUUCAAAUUUCAAAGACCUCGAGCCUAUCUCAAUUAUUCAGAGUAUUGUCACGGACAAGGACGAUUCCAAGAUGUCUUCCAGUUUCUAUCUUGAAGGUACCCCAGAUGAAGUCAAGAAUGCGAAGGGACUUCAUCUUGUAACAAUGUCAACGCCUAAUGGCAAAAAAGUUCAGAUUAUGCUCGAGGAGUUGAAGGCGGCAUAUGGCACCGACUACACCCACACUCUCAUCCAUAUCUCAACUAAUGAGCAAAAGAAAGACUGGUUCUUGAAGUUGAAUCCGAACGGUCGAAUUCCCAUUUUGAUUGAUAACACCAAGACCCCUCCAUUUCCAGUAAUGGAGACCAGUGCAGAAUUACUCUACCUCUUGAAGGAGUUCGAUAGCAAGGAUAUUUUUGGAUUCAAGGACGAGCUUGAGAGAAAUGAGUGCCUUCAAUGGAUGUUCUUCUGGCAUGGUAGUGGUGCCCCGUACCAAGGCCAAGUGAACUACUUUUCCAAGAUUGCAGGCGAGAAGAAUCCAGGAGCCAUAAAGAGAUUCAAGGACGAGACCCUGCGUAUUUUUGGGGUGCUUGAGAUUCGCUUGUCAGGAAAAUAUACUGGCGAGCCUCGUGAUUACUUGGCUGGUAAUGGGAAAGGAAAAUAUUCCGUUGCAGAUAUUGGAACUUGGCCAUGGUUGAAUGCAUGGGACUUCUCGGGUGCAAUCACAAAGGAAGAGAUGAAUGCAUUCCCGCACUUAUUGAAGUGGAUUGAUAGGAUUGCUAAGCGACCCGCCGUUCAAAGUGGAACUUCUGAAAAAUGGCAAAAUUGGUGAAAGUAGUUGUCUAAAUAAUGGUGGUUAGGUCAUUCACAUAUGGCAUGCACUUGUGAUAGCAGUGGUAGCUCUACGGAGUUAUCAAAGUGAAUUGGGAGAUCUAAAUGACUAAUUAUUAUUGCUUCAACCUUCACUCGUAUGUAUCUAUGAUCUUCCAUCUCAGUGCUAUGGUCCAAUCAAGAAAUGCUUUAUCGUUGGCCAUUGAAAAUCUGUCCCUUUAAGCUUUCGCAUUCGAGUUCCCAUUCUGUAUGAUAAAUCUAACCGUCUUA